CAGCGGAUGAAUAUUAUAAUCUUCGGUCGCCUGUUAUCCUGAUUAGGAAAGCAAACGUCCGACACCUCGUUGUAUAUAUCACCACAUAUAACAUAUACCAGACUUUAGGAACCACCAACGACCCAGAACAGCACUUGGGUUUCCGCACAUUCACCCAAUUACUAUACACCGUAUACACUAUCAUACUACUAUUCCAUUCCCUCUUUGCUUACUCAGUACAACAUGUCCACUUCAUCAUUCUCAUCCAUCACGAACAUCGGCACCAAACUCACCAACUCAAUCACCUCCCUUCUCCCAACCCGCUUCCACUUCCGCAACUCCAGCCCCGCCAGCCCAUUGAUCACCACCGCUGCCGUGGUAGUCGGCACAAUCGGCUCGUUAGCAUUCGCCCGUUGGGCCUGGACAGACUACCAAGCCUACCUGGGUUACGGACCAGGUGGCCUUCCCUACAAUGUAUUUGGAUGGCUGAUCACCACGACGGUGUUGAGGGCACUGGCCAUCAAUACUCUAGAUGUGCGGAAACUCGAAAGUGAUCCGGAUCAACGGACUUGGUUACCCACGGCACCGGAGGAGUUGCCGGAGAGAAAGGGGCCGCGACCGACGUUGGGCAGACAUGCUGUCCCGCAGAGGCAGAUGGAUCAGUUUGCGCCCGAGGAGAUUCAGAAGAACCUCAUCACAUCCUUCGAAUCAAUCGUAACCAAAAACCCUCAUCUAAUCCAAUUCAAGCCAUCUCAAUAUGAACGACGCCACGAAGCCAUCUGGGUCGCCGACAGCGUUGACGCCUCCAAAACUCCUGCUCCAUUCGGCAACAACAAGAACAAGUAUCCAUUGGAGAUCUCGCACGUCCACCCGAACGCCGAUUGUUCCGUGCACGUGGUUCUCGCGCCUAGAGAUGCAGCGCGCGUCAUUCGUGCCGGAUGGGGCCAAUUGCACGGCCUGGCGGGGAGCAAGGUCAUUCCGAGAUCCUAUGUCUUCUUGUAUGCGCCUAGAACCCAGGAAGAGCUCAAUGUCAUUAUGGAGCUUGUUAGGGCUGGGAUUGGGUAUGUGACGGGCACGGACCUCAAGGAUGUGCAGCCUGCUCAGAGAAUAUAAGGGGAGCAGGCUGUAAAUGUGAUGAAGAAGGAAAGUGAGUAUAAUAAGAGCAGACACUGCAACGGACUGACUGGCAUGUGAUGGUGCGUGCAAAGACCAACCACCACUUAGUUGGUGUUGGAUGGGCUGACUGAUCGACGUAUACCUUUACCUGGCGUUCGGAGGGUGUUACUGUGAAUGGGAAGAAGAGAAGAUUGCUCCGAGCGUGCGGAGGGUUGAAGAAUCUAGAAGCAGGCAAACAUGAAACGAAAGGGGAACCGCGGAUGGCUUGAAGAUGUAGACUGGAUCGUGGAAGUGUGUAGGAGGAGAAGAGAUGGAGAAGUACCGAAAUCACCACUCUGGCAUGUUCGGCAGUACUACCACGGGUAGGUACACGGAGUUUGGUUACAAAGUACAUUCUCACAUUAACAUACAAGAGCACCCCGUAUCUUGUAACUAUGGGAUUAUGACUUGUUGCUCGCUCUCUAACACGGUUGCACAGGCAGUCGAGAAAUAUUGGGACCUACUCAAAAGUCAUAUAGUGGUUAUGGAGUCUUAGGAGUGGGGGAUAAAAGUCCUGCUAGUUACUAUAGGACUAUCUUGAAGGAUCAAUCUGACUGUCUUUUUACAGAGGG